UUUAAUUUAAAUUUAAUUUAAUACAAAAUCCAAAGAGAUCAUCAACUAUUACAUCCCUGUUGUGACAGAAACGUGACGUACAAGUGAUCAGAGAGAAUAAUCUCCGGAAAUUACAACAAAUAUUUUGCUAAAUCUAAUAAUUUAAUGAUUUAAUGAGUGAUUUUAAUAAAUAUUUCUUUUAAAAAUGAAUACAAAUAUUAAAUGUGAUUACGACGAGCCAACUGUCCUGAGGAAGGCCAUGAUAUCACAUUUCAACGACAAAUAUGACACACCUGUGUAUUAUCACAAUAAUAAUAAUAACCAAAACAUGAGAAUCCAAUCCAGUCAUUACCAUCAAACAGCUCUUAGAUCAUCCAAAUCGUUGGGUAAUCUGACGACUGCACCCACAUAUGAAACAACAAACCUCUUGAGUGAAAGUGAGAGCUCACAAAUUGAAAACUUUUUUCGCGCCCAUAAAACACAUGUAUAUGUAGGCCGUUGUCUCGUAAAUCUGUAUUUUACUAAAACAGAUCUCAUUAACGGCGGCCGCAAUUCAAAACCCCGAAUACAUGAGUGGGAACUCUCGAGAACAGGUGUUCCGGUGAUUAUCUUUGAUAAGGGAGAGACUAGAGCUCGUGACAAAAGACAACUACAGAUCUGUUUGGCUGAAAAGGGAACGGGUUUUGUGUUAUGGAAAGACAUAAUCGAUAAUUUGAGCGAUUAUUCUGCACAUCACCCGUGCUUUCAUACACUAUACUUGUCAUGUGAUCACCGAAGAAUGGCUGGACUUAGCUUUGACUCUCCCUAUGCGGCCAAUCAGUUCCACGAACACAUCGAAACACUGACAGCUGAUCCGUUAAAUAUAGCACUGACCGGACCUAAAAAGUCGGGCAAAAAAUUAAAUUUUCUCAAGAAGUCUGUGAGCACAUCCAACUCCACGAUAUAUAAAUUACCGAAAAAGUGUGAUAUCUCUUCUCCCUGUCUUUUCCAACACAUAACUAAUGUUGAAGUUAGUGAUUACGACAAACUUUAUUCAUUAUCCAGUACUGUGCCAUACAAUCACUAUCAAUACCACAGCAGUACACCAUCAGUCACACCGACCACUUCUACCAGUGUAUCGACAAUUUCAUCUGAAUCUAUGAGCAAUACAUCUCUAUAGGAUAAUAGAUAAUCAAUGCUAAUGUUAAAGUCAAUCAACACUCUAAACAUAUUUUAAUUAUAUUAAAUUUAUUAUUAAAUCCAAUAUCG